UCCUCCUUUCCUUUCCUUUGUUUCAACACAGCCCACCAACCCAACAUCGCCAUCCAUUCCUACCACUUUGUUUGUAUAUCUGCUUCCCCGCCCCGCCCAUAUAUAAUCGCACCAGCAUCGGCCAUGUACAGCGAAGGAGAUAUUGUCGAGGAAGAGGAAGAGGAAGAGGAAGAGGUCCGCCGCUAAAGCUGGAAGUCAAUUACUCCCUCGUCGGUUAUCUAUAUCAGUUUCCAUUUCCAGCUUAAGCUACCACCGAGCGACGAGGUUCACUUUUCCGAGGAGGCGCCGGUCCACUUCCCCUUCUUGGAAACCCUUUAUUCCGGCGACCGCGGGCGAGUCCGGCCACCGGUGGCCAUUUUCGUCUACGGCGGGCCGGGGGUCGAUCGAUCGCGCCGUCGACGCUUGGUUAUUCGCAGUUUCUUUCUUGGCCGGCGCGCGCGCGGGCCGGGCGGGCGGUCGGUGAGAUGAGCGAUGUCACGGGCAGGUUCGCGCUGGCGGCGGCCGUGGUGGCGGUGUCGCUGGUGAUGGCGUCGGCGUCGGCGGCGCGGCACGACUACGGGGACGCGCUGUCCAAGAGCCUGCUCUACUUCGAGUCGCAGCGCUCGGGGCGGCUGCCGUACAACCAGCGGGUGCGGUGGCGCGGCCACUCGGGGCUCACCGACGGGCUGGAGCAGGGGGUGGACCUGGUGGGAGGGUACUACGACGCCGGCGACCACGUCAAGUUCGGCCUCCCCAUGGCCUUCACCGUCACCAUGCUCUCCUGGGCCGUCCUCGAGUACGGCGACCAGAUCGCCGCCGCCGGCGAGGGCGCCCACGCGCUCCAGUCCAUCAAGUGGGGCACCGACUACUUCAUCAAGGCCCACACCGCCCCCAACGAGCUCUGGACCCAGGUCGGCGACGGCGACUCGGACCACUACUGCUGGCAGCGGCCGGAGGACAUGACGACGUCGCGGCGGGCGUACAAGGUGGACGCCGAGCACCCCGGCUCGGAGGUGGCCGCCGAGACGGCCGCCGCCAUGGCCGCCGCGUCCAUCGUGUUCCGGCGAGCCGGCGACGCGCACUACGCGCACCUCCUCCUCCACCACGCGCAGCAGCUGUUCGAGUUCGCGGACAAGUACAGGGGCCGGUACGACGACAGCGUGCGGGUGGUGAAGAGCUUCUACCCGUCGGCGAGCGGGUACAAGGACGAGCUGCUGUGGGCGGCGUUGUGGCUGCACCGCGCCACCGGCGGCCGCGACUACCUCGACUACGUCGUCUCCAACGCCGACGACUUCGGCGGCACCGGCUGGGGCGUCUCCGAGUUCAGCUGGGACAUCAAGUACCCCGGCCUACAGAUCCUCGCCUCCAAGCUGCUGAUUGAGGAGAAGGAGCUGAGCUCGGAGUACCGGACGGUGCUGGAGAAGUACCGGUCCAAGGGAGAGUUCUACGUGUGCUCCAACAUGAACAAGAACCCCGGCGGCGCCGCCCGCAACGCGCCGCGCACCCCGGCGGGGCUCAUCUUCAUCCGUCCAUGGAACAACCUCCAGUACGUGACCAACGCCGUCUUCCUCCUGACCGUCCACUCGGACCACCUGGCGGCGCUCGGGGAGCCCCUCCGCUGCACCGUGGACGAGGACGCCGACACCUCGGACACGGGCGGCGAGACGGCGGCGGACGUCGUGGUGGGGGCGGAGGAGGUGCUGGCGUUCGCCAAGGCGCAGGCGGACUACAUCCUGGGCAGCAACCCGAUGGAGACGAGCUACCUGGUGGGGUACGGGGAGCAGUACCCGCGGCGGGUGCACCACCGGGCGGCGUCGACGGCGUCGCUGACGGACGAGAAGGGGUUCAUCGGGUGCACGCAGGGGUUCGACUCGUGGUACAGCGCGGGGGAGAGGAACCCGCACGACCUCGUCGGCGCCGUCGUCGGCGGGCCCGACGGCGAGGACCGGUUCAACGACCAGCGGGGCGCGUACAUGCAGACCGAGGCAUGCACGUACAACACCGCGCCCAUGGUCGGCGUCUUCUCCAGGCUCAUGGAGCUCCACGAGAAGCAGCGGCUCCGGGAGCAACGAGACCUGUGAAGCGGCCCAUGCAUCGUCGUCGGUGAAUAUGUUCAGUAGUAGGAAUGUUAAUUGAAUAACUGAGAAAAAAGAAGAGUGGGAAAAGGCUUUUUUUUUUACUAGGAUGGAUGGAUGGGUGGGUGGGUGGAUUUGUACAUUCUUUUUGUUGAUUAAUUCGUAUAGGUUUUGCUUUGUUUCAUUCAUGUAGGAAUGGAAUUUCGGAAGAAAAAAAUUGAGGGAAUAAAACAUCACCAGAUUGAUGA